UGGCGGGCCACAUGUGGCCCCAGGCCGGGGGUUUGGAACCUCUGCACUGCACACACAAAAAAACCAAUGUCAUUUGUAUCUUAUUUUUGUUCCGAGCUCCAAAUACAAAUGGAACACACCAAGAGAGAACAACAUUUGCAUGUUCACAGUUUAAACCCCAGCAUAAGAUUACAGAUUAUUUUACUAUGAGGAAGUUUUCUGUUAUCAAUUUAAUCAGUACUUUGUUUCUUUUGACCUCCAAAAUCUGAGUUCCGACUAUAAAGGAUGCGAGAACAUUGUAACAAUUUUUGCAUGUUUCAAACCCUAGAAUAAAUUACAGAUUAUUUUAUUGUGAGGACAUUUUCAUAAUCCAUGAAAUAACUUGAAAAAAGAAAGAAAAAGGUUUAGUUUCUAAGCCGAGUUUGACCUCGGAAAUUCCGAGUUCCGACAGGACUGUGGUGAACUCACAUAAACGCCUCACUUGUGUCAACUCACAAUAACUAAUCAAUACAAUAAUCAAUAACCACAUCACGCACGUGAGCGCGUGCACAGCACCGGGGCUUCUUUCUACUUUUGGGCGGAAGAAUCUUUUUUUGUUUUUUUAAUUUAAAGGAGAGAUCGAUGUUUUUUCUUUAGUGAUCGAUUUAACUACAACUGAUCAGAUUGAGGCUCUGCAGGGCCAGUGCGCGCGGCCACACACACAGAUGAAGACACACGGGCGCGUGCACGUGCACAGCGCUGCAGUGACCGGUGGUGUCCACACACACACACACACACACACACUGUCCCGGUGCAGCAGACUCAGACUCAGUCACAGUCAGGACAGAGGAGCAGAGAGGAGGUGGCGCUGACUCUGUGUCCCGGACACUACUGCCCUCUCUCUCACUCUCUCUCUCUCUCUCCCUCUCCCUCUCUCUCCCCCUCCGCCGUCUCCUCCUGUUGGAGAUAAAUUAACGGAAAGCAGCUGUCGGUUGUUUCAGAGGCGAGGCGGCCGUGUGGCAGCUCAGGGAUCCCGCUUUUUGCCUCUUUUUUCCUCCCUUUUUUGUUUUUCCUCCUCCUCCUCUCAGUCAGCAGCUCUCUCUCUCUCUCGCUCUUCUCCUCCCGGGACUCCGACACCACUGACACCGUCACCGCCGCCGCUGCUGCCGCCGUGACUGCACCGCGCCCUCCCUCCCUCCCUCCGUGCUCCGUCCGUCCCGAGCACCGCGGAGGCUCCGCUGCUCCACGCCGCGCCAGCGCAGCCGCGCACGGACAUGUUGGACAUGUUGUUGCCGAGGUCUCCGCGCGGCUCUCCGCCGCUGUGAGAUGCAGUUUUUUCGGCGUGUGUUCGCGUGGAGCUCCGGCGCCGUGACAGCGACUCCUCACUCUUGUUGACUUUAUUGUUUUUGGGUUGUUGUUUUUUUAUAUUUAACUGAAGUGAAUUCACCGGGACUUUUCCCUCCCGUGUGGCCGGACAUGAGCCUCUGGUCGUCGGUGUCUGGGCUCAAAGUUGCUCGCUCCCCGGCGCGGGGCCUCUAACAGGUCCGGACAGUACACAUGUAACCCGAGGCGGGGGUCAAAGUUCAGCCCUGCUUGGAAAUGUGAAAGCGAAGGGGGUUAGAAAGGAGGGUUCUGUCUCCCCCACCACCACUCACCCACUCACCCACACACACACCCUCACUGUCUCUCUUUCACUCUCACUUUCUCACUCCUUCUUUUUUCCUCUUCCUUCCCUUUUUUCUCACACACACUGCGCACACGCACGCGCGCGCACACACAUACAAACACACACACACACACACCUCGCAGCUCUACAGAUAUGUAUUCUCCGCUAUGUCUGACACAGGAUGAGUUCCAUCCUUUCAUCGAAGCGCUGCUGCCUCACGUCCGGGCCUUCGCCUACACAUGGUUCAACCUGCAGGCUCGCAAGAGGAAGUACUUCAAGAAGCACGAGAAGCGCAUGUCCAAGGAGGAGGAGCGCGCCGUGAAGGACGAGCUGCUGAGCGAGAAGCCCGAGGUCAAGCAGAAGUGGGCGUCGCGCCUGCUGGCCAAGCUGCGCAAGGACAUCCGGCCCGAGUUCAGGGAGGACUUUGUGCUGACGGUGACGGGGAAGAAGCCGCCGUGCUGCGUGCUCUCCAACCCCGACCAGAAGGGCAAGAUGAGGCGGAUCGACUGUCUGCGGCAGGCGGACAAAGUGUGGAGGCUGGACCUGGUCAUGGUGAUUUUAUUCAAAGGGAUUCCUCUCGAAAGUACUGACGGCGAGAGGCUGGUGAAGUCUCCUCAGUGCUCCAACCCCAGCCUGUGUGUGCAGCCACAUCACAUUGGAGUUUCUGUCAAGGAGCUGGAUCUUUACCUGGCCUACUUUGUCCACGCAGAGUCUUCCCAAUCAGAGAGUCCCAACCAGGCCAGUGAUUCUGACAUCAAGGAGCAGCCAGAGAACGGUCACCUGGGCUUCCAGGACAGUUUUGUGACACCAGGCGUCUUCACAGUGGCCGAGCUAGUACGAGUCUCACAGACUCCCAUCGCAGCCGGCACCGGUCCAAACUUCUCACUGGCCGACCUGGACAGCUCCUCCUACUACAGCAUGAGUCCAGGAGCCAUGAGGAGACCCCUGCCCAGCACCUCCUCCUCCAGCUCUGCCAAGAGGAUAAAGUGUAUGGAGGAGGACGUGGACAGUCCAGGAGAAGAGUCCUAUUACCCGAGUCAGGGUCGCUCUCCGGGCAGCGGCAGUCAGGCCAGCAGCUGGCACGACGUGGAGCCAGCUGGAUAUAAGCUGCGUGGCUCUCUAGCUAGCUCGUUCAUCUCCCGACAAGCGAGCCCCCAUGCUCCGCCCUCCAGCCUCCACUUCUCCUCCUCCCCCAUCCUGCAGCAGCCCGGCUCCUACUUCUCUCAUCCGGCCAUCAGGUAUCACCCGCAGGAGACGCUCAAGGAGUUCGUCCAACUGGUGUGUCCUGACUCCGCCCAGCAGGCCGGACAGGUGGGCUUCCUCAACCCUAAUGGUAGCUCAGGAAAGGUUCACAACCCUUUCCUGCCAACGCCCAUGCUGCCUCCCCCUCCUCCUCCCCCAAUGGCCCGUCCCGUCCCGCUGCCCGUCGACGCCAAGCCGCCCUCCACGUCCUCCACCGAGGGGGGAGGCAACUCACCCACCUCACCCACUUACUCCACCCCCACUACAUCUCCAGCCCAGCGGUUCGUCAGCGUCGGACCCAGAGACCCCGGCUUUAAUAUCCCUCAGCAACCACAGUGGUACCUGGGAUAAGGACUCCAGAGGGCGCUCCACACACCUGUACGACAGGCCGCCGCAGCCUCCUCCUCAACCUUUGACCUCAGCUGCAACAGAGAGCCCCGUCUUGCCCCACCCACCACAGCGCUCCCCUUCACC